CUCUUCUGUUCAGUAUACUCAGAACUUCAGUUGUUAUACAGUUGGUGUGAUUUUUUUUUUUCAUCACCUUCGUUGAAUUAUAAAAUUUAUUUCGAAAAUUUAACAAAAAGUAUUUUUAUCAUAAUUAAUUUACCGCCUUUGAUAAUUUUCAUUCUCUUUAUAAAAUUCACCCUCACAUCCCUCCCUUAGCCUAAGGGAAAAUGUGCGCAUGACAUGAUGUGCCUGUGAACUCAUUUUUGUCUAACCGUAUAUACAAUAUAUAGAAGAGCAGAGAGUUGCCUUUAUAGUGCAACUGUUGUUAUAGGCUUAUCCGGUUGUCAACGAAACGCCGGGUGGACAAUCAAUCAGUGUGCUUCACGUGUACAUGUAUAUAUAUGAUUGUUUGUUUAUACACAAGCUUUUAUAGUGACUUGAUUGUGAAUAACAUUGACAUAAUAGAAAAUGUCAAGUAGUGUGUGUCAUGCUCCUUUGCCUGCGCGCAUGGAAGCCUUCACCACGAGGAUCUGCUUACGCGCUGUUGAUCAGUACGAACGUCUAUUGCAAACUCAUUUUAACAAGCCAUCAAAAGAACAAUCACACGUGGGUGGUGAGACCAUAUCACCAAAGGCCCAACGUCGGCAGAAUAAGGAUGGCUCGGGUACUAAUUCAGCGGUCAAUGCUUUCCGUCAAUGGAGGCGGAGUGCUUCCGCUGGAAAUAAAUCUAAUGGAGGUGGAUCAAAUUCAUCGGCCCUCGCACGAAUGUCGAACGAUUCAACUACCGCUCAAAAAUUAGAGCAAUUUCCUCUUGCUCUUUCCGAUGCUACUAUGCCGGAUGAAGACCUUUCCCUCAAGUUUCUUGCACUGAACGCUUUGGAUCUAACGGCACCGGCAAGUGACAUUAUUUUGAAAAAUCGACUGAAAUCAUGGUUUCAAUUGUCAGGUCAUCCGGCGAGUUUUGCACCGGCUGGUCCUGGCACGGUGUGGAAAAGAAGAACUGGUGGUUCUGAAAAUACUGAAAGAAUCGUCUACGAGACAUUAAGUAAAGACAAUGAAAUGAAAGAAUUUAUACCAAGGUAUUAUCGUGAAGUUGAAUAUAAAAAUGACACUUUCAUUGAAUUGCAAGACCUUUUAUUUGGAUUUAAUGAUCCACACGUGAUGGAUAUAAAAAUUGGUACAAGAACAUUUUUAGAAUCUGAAGUGUCAAAUAAAAAUGCACGCGCUGAUCUUUAUGAGAAAAUGAUAUCUGUCGAUUCAAAUGCGCCUACCGAGCAAGAACAUAAACAACGUGCAGUCACUAAACUUCGUUACAUGCAAUUUCGUGAGCAACAAAGUUCAACUUGCAGUCAUGGAUUUCGUAUUGAGGCAAUGAAAUUGCCUGGAUCGCCGCCUAUUAAAAAAUUACAAAAAGUAAAAUCACAUCAAGAAGUUUUGGAAACGUUAAAACAUUUUUUGGGAAAAAGUCUAAAUGUUAAGGAAAAAUUGCUUGAACGUUUAAAAAAUUUGAGAUCAAGAGUUGAAAGAUCCAUGUACUUUCAAACACACGAGGUGAUUGGAAGCAGUAUUUUUAUGAUUUACGACAAUGACAAAGUAGGCGUUUGGUUGAUUGAUUUUGCAAAAACUUACGAAGUUCCAAAUGGUGAAAAAUUAACGCACAGAGACACCUGGCAACAAGGAAAUCAUGAGGAAGGAUUUCUCCUUGGAAUUGAUAACUUAAUUUCGACAAUUAAACAAGUCAAUGCUUCUUUGUAAAUACAAAUUUUAUAGACUGAUGUAUUUAAAUUAUUUUUCCUAUAUGUGUAAUAUAUAUAGUAAUAUUAUCUUAUAUGUAAUAAUGUCAAUGUUUUAUAUACACAUAUUUAAAAAAAACUCGUUUAUUCAUGUUAAAAGUUUAGAGCCGUUUUGUUUUUUGUAAUUUCUCAAUAAUAAUAUUCCAAUAAGUUAUUCUACGUUCAAUUUAUUAUGUACUUAUCAAUUAGCACUAAAAUUAUAUAUAGACUAAAUAUUUGAAAAUGUAUAAAUUUUGUAAUCAUAAUUUUUAAAAUCUUAUAUAAAACAUUUCUCUAAAAAAUCACUUAAAUUUAUACGAGCAUAUUAUGUGCACAAUUUAGGAAUCUCCGAUUACCGUUUUUGAAAAAUUCUUGACUUCCAGAAAAACAAAUUCUCUGAAAACUUGUAUAUAUAUAUAUAUAUUUGUAAUACUCAUUGUCAUUAAUAUUUAAUUAUUUUUAUAAGUUAAGUGAAAUAAAUUUUUGUAAAAAAGUAUUAAAA